AUGGGCAGUGGAGCCAGUUCUGAGAGCAAGGAGUCGGCCAGGAGGUCCAGAGAACUGGAAAAGAAACUACAGGCAGAUGCUGAGAGGGAAGCCAGGACAGUCAAACUGCUACUGUUGGGUGCUGGAGAGUCAGGAAAGAGCACUAUUGUAAAGCAAAUGAAGAUCAUCCAUAAAGAUGGUUUCACCUACCAGGAACGCAUGGAGUUCAGACCUGUCAUUUACAGCAACACAGUGCAGUCUAUCCUGUCUAUCGUGAAAGCAAUGACUAAAUUACAAAUAAGUUAUGAAAACCCAGCUAGAAUUGAAGAUGAAAGGAAACUGUGUGCCAUGGCGACAGCUCUGGAGGAUGGUGACAUGUCUUCCGAACUGGUUGAACUCAUCAAACAACUGUGGAGCGACAGCGGGACCCAGGCCUGCUUUGCAAGGGCAGCAGAGUACCAGCUCAACGACUCAGCAGCCUAUUACCUCAACGAUUUGGAUCGGUUAGCAAUGCCAGACUAUGUGCCUAGUGAGCAAGAUGUUUUGCACUCCCGAGUGAAAACAACUGGGAUUAUAGAGACUCAGUUUUCUUUCAAGGAUUUGAACUUCAG